AAGAGUUUCAUGUAAUGCAUUUUGUUUACUGUUAAAAGAUGCUGCAAGUUUAGGUUGACUUUACUGUAAUUUGUACACAUGAAACAGUCAUUUGAAUGGUAUAGAGAUAGAAGAGCACAACAGUAUAAGCUGAAUUUGAGCAUCAGUUUUGGUAUGUGGGAAAGUAUUUACAUGUAGGGCAGUUUCUUUCACUGAUGGGAAACUGUACAUUUUACUUCCCCUUACUUGAGAACCAUUCUGGAUUAUGUUGCCGUAUCAAUUUUGUAUAUUGUAUAUAAUUUAUGCAAUUCAAUGAAGAACAUGUUAACUUUUACAAUAAGGAUGAUUAAUUAACUUUGAAGGCACAUCCGGCUUCCAAUAUUCCCUGAGACACACCAAUGACAACAACAGUUUUCACCUCUGUUUUUUUUAAAAGAGAGCCAGUAUCACCAGUUUCUCUGUCUUGGGUUAAUCAGAUGCGUUGAAGGCAACCAAACCAGUCUGAUGGCAUUGCAUCAUUAACAUAUUUUCUUGGGGUGUAAAAACCCUUGACCCAUUCCUCCGCGCUCAUUUUGACUCAAGCUGCAGAGAGACACGUAGAGAGAGAGAGAGGCAAUCAGAGGACGGCAGAGACUGGACACUCUUCCCCACUGAUCUUGGCUGGUCUGUCCCCGUAAAUCCCAGCCAUCAUGGCUUACUCAGCCCCUGGGUCCUACGUGGACAAGUCCUACAUGGACCGCUCGUACGGGAAGUCGUAUGGAGGCAGUGCCUACACGGGCGCGUACGAUGAGAAGGCUGCCAAGGCGGCGAGCGAGACGAUCUACGAGCAGCAGCUGGCGAUGGAGAAGAAGAAGCGUCAGGACGCGCUGUGCUGCGACGUGGUGGCGCUGGUCGUCGGCUUCAUAGGCCUGAUCGGCGUGGCGGCCGUCACUGGCCUGCCCAUGUGGAAGGUGACCGCCUUCAUCGAGGAGAACAUCAUCGUCAUGGAGACCCGCUGGGAGGGCCUGUGGAUGAACUGCUACCGGCAGGCCAACAUCCGCAUGCAGUGCAAGGUGUACGACUCCCUGCUGUUCCUCCCGCCAGACCUCCAGGCGGCCAGGGGCCUCAUGUGCGCCUCGGUGGCCCUGUCCACGUUCGCCUUCGUCGUGUCGGCCGUGGGCCUCCGCUGCACCAAGCUGGUGGACUCGCGUCCGCGCACCAAGCACAUCGUGCUGGUGACCGGUGGCUGCCUGUACCUCAUGGGCUGCAUCACCACCAUCAUCCCCGUCUCCUGGACGGGCCACGUCAUCAUCCAGGACUUCUACAACCCGCUGCUGAUCGACGCGCAGCGCCGCGAGCUCGGCGAGGCGCUCUACAUCGGCUGGGUGACCUCGGCGCUCCUCUUCUCGGCCGGCAUCAUUCUCCUGUGCCGCCACGCGCCCCGCGCCAAUGACGAAGAGGACCCCAGCCAGGUGAUCUACAGGGCUGGCUCCGCGUAUGGCAACUACCGGCCGUACACCUACCAACCAUACUCCUACCAGCCGCCCGGAUACUACCAGCCUAACUACGGUGCUCCCCAGCCUAACUACGCCGCUCCUCCGCCCGGAUCAAUGGUGUACACGCCGGUGCAGUACACCUGAGUGGAGCGUGAUAGACUGUGACUGUGUGGAGUGUGACUGUAACAGGGUGUCUGAUGAGCGACAGUGGCUCCUUAUGCUUCAAUGCAAUAAGGCCAGGCUGCAGUAAAAGGAGCAAAGAAAUGACAUAAAAACAAGCAUUGGACUUGGUUGAGAGACCCAGUUUUCCAGUUUUGCUUUUCAUGUCUAGUAAUUUAACAUGUCUCAGUGAGACGGUCAGCGUUACAUUUUCUAAUCAUUGUCCUAAUCUGAGCUUUGUUGUUUCCUGUAUUUUACAUCACUUAGGCUUUAUUAGUAAUUCUGUUGCUGAGAAUAUCUGCUGAAGGGUCGUAUAGUCACUUAGGCUUUCUUUAAGUCAAUUAACUGUGUGAGUGUGUGAUUUAUGACAUGGCGGUGUUUGGAGUAAUUAUGUUGUGUUGAGUGGCUGCUAAAUGUUCCUGAGGUAAACCAUUGUUUACUCUGACUACCCCUCCUUUGCCAUGAGGACCUGAUGCACUGUGUGAUAUUUGUGACCUAUUUUGUACUGUAUAUAGUUUCGAUUGUACGUUUUGCAUUUAUUACUACAUUGUCUAUAAUGCACUGGUCUAAGUGGAUGACAAAUCAACAUAAAAUGAACAGACUUCAAAACA